AUGACCCUCAAGGAAGAAACCACCUGCAUUGCUACGCCUGGCUUUGCGGGCUUUGUGCCUUCGCUCAAGUAUCAAUUCGGCCUGACCUAUGGCAACGCAACCCGCCAUAUCCUCUCGACCGAUCCGUCGCUGAAGCAGGGAAGCAUACAGCAGGACCUGCAGAAGCGUUGCCAAGAGCUUCGGGUCACCAACCGAGGUGGGCGGGCAAGUGUAAGCCAGGAGAUCCCCUCCAAUGGCAUGUCGGCCGACGACGACACGACUCUGUGGAAGUCCCGAGGGCAUCUGUAUGCCACUGGCGAUGACAGGUUUUCGUUCCCACCCGUCCCGGGGUAUACAGGCUACAUUCCCAGGUCGGAGGAGUACUUUGGGCGCCCGUACGUCGAGACAACCAAGGCAUCCUUGAGGGAUUUCAAGCGCAUGUCCAAGUCCAAGAACGAACUGCCGGGCCGCAUCCAGGCCAUCAAAGACGAGCCCAAGCCCUCGAUCACGAUGGCUCGCCAGAGCAAGUCCAAGCCAAGCUUUGCCUAUUCGGCCGACUGCAGCCCUAUCGAUGACAUCAGCCCAUAUCGACUGCCUCAAGAGCAUUCACAAAAGACCUUUAUCUCGGGAUACACUGGAUUUGUCCCACGACUGCAGAACCACUUUGGCGAGCCGUACUCGAACAGCGUCCGCAAGGCAAUCGAUGAGUUCACGGCCCCGUCGUCAUCGCGGGACAGCUCUCGGAGCCGUGACAAGGGCACCGUCCACACCCAUCCAAUCCCAGGCUUCACCGGAUUCAUCCCCGGCAGCAAAUACGGCUUCGCCACGACCUUUGGCCGCACCACCGAGAUUGCAUACGACAACUUCAACCACCGAGAGGAAAAGGGUCGGGUUGAGGCCAACGUCCACCCGCCGUUGCCGUCCAAGGACCUAUCCAAGACCAACCCGAUUCCAGGCUAUCGUGGACACAUUCCCAGCUAUAUUUUCUCGGCCGAGCGAUCGUAUGGAGUUAGCUCCAAGGAGUGCAUCGAUCAGUUCCACACUCGUCCGAAAGACGUUGGCGAGAGGCAGUCUCUUGCUUUAUAGCUUCUCGGACGCCUUGUUAAUAUCAUAGCGGACAACCGCCCUGGAGCGACAUCGACACCAGCAGCAGUAGCAAC